CCCGCCGGGGGGCUCCAUCGUCUUUAAGCGUGAUGCCAGGGAAACCAGUCGAGAAACCCCCAGCCAAACAGGCUGCUCCGAAGGAGCCGGAGCCGGAGGUGGAGGCUCCCGCCGCGGAGGAACCUGCGGAGGCGCCGCCCGCCGGGGUGAGCGCGGACGCCCCCGCUGCAGAUGCCAGCGCUCCAGCUGAAGCCUCCGCGGUGGACAACCCCCCCGAGGCCCCGGCCCCCCCGCCUCCUGCAGUGCCUUGCAGCGCUCCUCUGGACUUGUCUGUGGCUGACGUCAGCCACUGCAGUCUGACCCUCACCUGGAAGACACCGGAGACCAUCGGAGACUCGGGCCUGGACGGCUACUCCGUGGAGUACUGCAAGAGUGGCGCGUCGGACUGGGUCCUGGCCAACGAGGAGCCCACGCCCACCACCCGCUACUGCAUCCAGAACCUGAGCAGCGGCGACCUGCUGCUGGUGCGCGUGGUGGCCGUGAACCCCGGGGGCCGCAGCCAACCCUGCGCCCUGGCAGAGCCGGUGCCGGUGCGAGAGGUCGGAGAGCGCCCCAAGAUCCGCCUGCCCCGGGCCCUCAGGGCCACAUGCGUCCGGCAGGUUGGCGAGCAGAUCAACCUGCUCAUCCCCUUCGUGGGCAAACCCAGACCCGCCGUGUCCUGGCUGAAGGACGGUCAGGCUCUGGACACCAAGAGAGUCAACGUCCGCAACAGCGAUAGAGACAGCAUCCUCUUCAUCCGCUCGUCGCAGAGGGACGAUUCCGGCGUCUACCAGAUGUCGCUGAAGGUGGACGGCUUCGAGGACCAGGCCCAGCUCACGCUGCAGAUCGUAGAGCUGCCGGGUCCCCCGGCCAGCAUCAAGCUGGUGGACACGUGGGGCUUCAACGCUGCGCUGGAGUGGACUCCUCCCAAAGACGACGGGAACUCCCAGGUGACGGGCUACACGGUGCAGAAGGCCGACCAGAAGACCGGGGACUGGUUCACGGUGCUGGAGCACUACCACCGACUGACCGCCACCGUCUCGGACCUCAUCGUGGGCAACUCCUUCUCCUUCAGGGUGUUUGCUGAGAACAUAGUGGGGGUCAGCGAGAAGGCGGCCGUCACCAGAAACCUGGCCCACAUCCAGAAGACCGGUAUCACCUACCAGCCGCCCGAGUACCAGGAGCACGACUUCAGCGAGGCGCCCCGCUUCACCACGCAGCUCACCGACCGCGCCGCCACCGUGGGCUACACCACCCGCCUGCUGUGCUCCGUGCGCGGCAGCCCCAAGCCCAAGAUCGAGUGGCUCAAGAACCAGAUGGUGAUCGGAAACGACCCCAAGUACCGGCAGCUGUCCAACCAGGGCAUCUGCUCGCUGGAGAUCAGGAAGCCGUGCAGCUUCGACGGGGGCAUCUACACCUGCAGAGCCAAGAACCAGCAGGGGGAGGCAGCCGUGUCCUGCAAGCUGGAGGUCAAACAGGUGAUGCUGGGAGACACUGAGAAAGGAAAGUGAGGUCAGUCCACUGCACUGCAGAGACUUCUUGUUGUCCAAAGGCUUGAAGACCUGCUGAAGCAGGAAGUGAACUUGCAGCGGGACUCACCUGAAGCUGGAGGUGUUGGCUCUUGUGGCUGAGGAGGAAUGGGG